GGAGGGACAAAGAGUUAAAAUACUGCGCGCGCAUGCGCAUUGAGGUGACACUGCAGAACGAGAGGGAGUUUACUGACAGAAGCGUCAGUGCUGAGAUGGCACUGAAUCAACAUGACAGUCGAUAUUUUCCUACCGAUUCGGAUUAAUGACAUGAAUUCGUUUCGCGUGUCUCGCGUGUUUGUGACAGAAUGACGCCGUCGGCCUGAACCCCCGCCGUACUCCGGCGCAUCGCGCGAUGUCAUCGUCCGGCCAUAAUAAAGACGGCAGAGCCCAGAUGGACGACAAGUGUAAGCAGCAGAAAUUCAUUUCGUUUCUUUUUUAUCAAGCGGUGCGGGACCUGAAGCCGGUGUGGAUGCUGGAGGAUAUGCGCACCAUGGAGACGUUUUAUUGGGAAGAGGAUGCCAAGCAGAGAACUUACACCCCGUCCGAGGCGCUGCUCUACGCGAUCGUGCACGACCAUCAGGCUUACGCGCAAUAUCUGCUCGGACACUAUUCCGACGAGGCGUUGGCGAUGCCGGGCGAGCGCUUCUGCUGCUGUCCGUCUUCCGCGCCGCAUUUAGCCAUGGCCGUGCGCUACGACAGGCGCGACAUACUCGCUCACAUAUUGCAAGUGGCGCAUCGCGUGCCUAGCCUGCGCUCGUACAUGAACCGCGGAGGAUGCUUCCAUCUCGAGGACGGUAAGACCCCCCUCCACCUGGCCUGCGAGCUCCUGCGCUCGGACGCCGUCGUGCUGUUGCUCGGCAACGGCGCGUCGCCGCAGGCCGUAGACCACAACGGGAUGACGCCGCUAGACGUCAUCCUCCAGCAGCUCUGGGACUCCAAAGUCAACAAGGGGGCCAAAAACUCCUGCUUGGACAAUCUGUUGAUGUUCAUGCCGGAGAUGCGCUUCAAACUGAGGAGCUCCCUCGAGAAAGACCCCACACGGUGGUCCAAGGUUCUUGGGGAGGACAAACUGAACUACAUCAUCGGAAGAGAUCCGCCUUCUCUGUUCCUCAUCGCGAUGCAGAGAAUCCUCGCACUCUUGCCGCCCGACCAGUUCCCCACGAGCCUGGACAAGCUUCCCAUUCCAGCCUCUCUGAAACCUCUUCCCAGACCCCUUCAACAGUGCAGCCGUCUCAAAGUGGCCUGAAACUGUUCACAUGUUCUCCGAAAGUAAGGGUGCGUGAAGGGUUCUUCACAGCAGUGCCACUGAAGAACCUUGUCUUGGUUCCGCAACAUUGCAUACAUUUAUGCAUUUGGCAGACGCUUUCAUCCAAAGGGACUUAUAUUGUUGCAUUAUACUAUAAAUUUUGGUUUCAAGUAUGUGCAAUCCCUGGGAUCGAACCCAUGACCAUUCUCCAACCACUGAGCUUCACAUUUAUUUUGUGUAGAACCUUUAUUCACAUCAAACAACGUUUAUGCAACACAAGGGUUCUUUAUGGAACCAUACGGAGUCCAACAAAGAACCAAAUAAAAUACCCUUUAUUUUUAAGAGUGCAUAUGAGGAAAAAAUGUGAAGUUGACGUGGUCUCUCUGUAUUAUCCAUACCUUUACAUCUGUUUCAGCAUGAAUUCUGUCUGUGUAGUAUAUGGCAUGAAAUGUAUGACAGAAACAAUCUACAAGCCGCUGGUCACGCGAGCAAUAUUGUCUUCCUGUUGUCUAAUAUGUUGUCCGUUUUACAAAUUAUUUAAAAGUGUAAUAUAUGUCUUGAUUUGAACAAAAUAUGCAAGUUGUAAGUGAUGAGAUAUAUUUAUGAAAGCUGUUAUUUAAAGACUGUGGGAAGGACGAGCGUUACCUCACGAAGCUCAUGGACUGAUUUGAGUACAGUGGGGCCGGUAGAAAUUAAAAACAAAUCAUGAUUCAAACUUACACAGACUCUCUUUAAAUGUUAUAUUUCAACUGUCUUACAGGAAUCGUUCACCAAAAUAAAAAUUCUAUCAUCGUUUA